UCCCGCAGCCCGCGGGAGGCGGGGGCGGAUUGGCGCAGGUGGCGUCCAAUGGGCGGCGCGCGCGAGGAGCGGGGCCAAUGAGCGCGCCGGGGGCGGGGCGGGAGCUGCGGCGGGCGGCUGCAAGGAGCGGCCGGUGGCGGCGGCGGCGGGCGGCCGGUGGCGGUGGCGGCGGCGGGCGGCCAUGGCGGCGGUGGCGGAGGCCGGCGGUGACGACGCCCGCUGCGUGCGGCUGAGCGCCGAGCGGGCCCAGGCGCUGCUGGCCGACGUGGACACGCUGCUGUUCGACUGCGACGGCGUCCUGUGGCGCGGCGAGACGGCCGUGCCCGGCGCGCCCGAGGCCCUGUCGGCGCUGCGGGCCAGCGGCAAGCGCCUCGGCUUCAUCACCAACAACAGCAGCAAGACCCGCGAGGCCUACGCCGAGAAGCUGCGGCGCCUGGGCUUCGGCGGCCCGGCGGGGCCCGGCGCCGGCCUCGAGGUCUUCGGCACGGCCUACUGCACCGCGCUCUACCUGCGCCAGCGCCUGGCGGGCGCACCGGCCCCUAAGGCCUACGUGCUGGGCAGCGAGGCCCUGGCCGCCGAGCUGAAGGCCGUGGGCGUCUCCUGCGUGGGCGUGGGGCCCGAGCCGCUGCUGGGCGACAGCCCCGGCGCCUGGCUGGACGCGCCUCUCGAUCCGGAUGUGCGCGCGGUCGUGGUGGGCUUCGACCCGCACUUCAGCUACAUGAAGCUCACCAAGGCGGUGCGCUACCUGCAGCAGCCCGGCUGCCUGCUCGUAGGCACCAACAUGGACAACCGGCUCCCGCUCGAGAACGGCCGCUUCAUCGCGGGUACCGGCUGUCUGGUCCGAGCCGUGGAGAUGGCCGCCCAGCGCCAGGCCGACAUCAUAGGGAAACCCAGCCGCUUCAUCUUCGACUGCGUGUCCCAGGAGUACGGCAUCGACCCAGAGCGCACCGUCAUGGUGGGAGAUCGCCUGGACACAGACAUCCUCCUGGGCGUCACCUGUGGUCUGAAGACCAUCCUGACCCUCACCGGCGUUUCCACUCUAGGGGACGUGAAGAGUAAUCAGGAAAGUGACUGCAUGUCUAAGAAGAAAAUGGUUCCUGACUUCUAUGUUGACAGCAUAGCUGACCUUUUGCCCGCCCUUCAAGGUUAAAGACUUAGUGUCUUUAAUCUCCAGAAUAAAACAAAUUGAAAACCA